CAUUUACGCUGUAGUGUCGUACGUGAUUGAAUGCGAUUUGCCUGGACCUCCUGUCCGCGAAAUAAUCCUGAUGCCGGGUGCUGGCGAACGAACAACUGCACCUACACCGAGCUCGUCAUAUUACAGCGAACAUUAGGGUAAGGUAGACGCUGGAUCUCCCCCGAGCGCGUUCGGCGUAUAUGUGCUGGAUUCCCGUAUAUUGCCUUUGGAAUUUGGGUUUGACGGCGGAGGAUUGAGCCAGAAAGACGACAUUAAUGCGACAUCUAUAAAGAUCUCAGUCGGUAGGAGACCAAAAGACACAAGGGUGAGACUAUCCUGCUGUCUUUUUUUCUGCAUUAGAUGGGGGAUAUAACCAGAUACGACAUUGAAAUUCCGUAUUCGAGAACUUUAUCACCACCGGAAUUGUAUUCGAAUCUGGACAAGCUGUCUUUGUAUUCUCCAGGCUCUCCUACGAUGCAAGAUGACAUGUUGCUUGACAAGAGUGCAGGAAAACUGCCUAUGCAGCAGCUAUCUCCCAACCCUGACCAAAGUUCAGAUAACUCAGAAGAUUAUUCACAAAGUUCCAAGACAAAGUCCGGAGACUCGAGUCCUCUAACUGUACCAGAUAAGAGUCGAGCACACCCGCAAAUUGAUCACACAUCAAUAACAUCUGCUUUGUUACAGCAGCAGCAUCACCAUCAACUUCAGCAGCAGCAACAGCGGCAACAACAACAACAUCAACAACAACAGCAGCAACAACAACAGCAACAACAACAGCAGCAGCAACAACAACAGCAUCUUGGUCUUCAUCCUCACCAACCUGUCAGUUUGAGCCAGUUGCACCAACAAGAAUCAGCCAACAGUGUUAUCAGCAGUAACACAGCUGCAGUUUCCAGUGUAUUCAAUACCCCCAGUUUUUGGUCAACUGCAAAUAAUUCAGAUGAAACUUUCUUUCAGAACAUCCCUGCAAUGAAUGGGGCUAUGCACCAGUUUCAGAAUUUCCCUCUUAAUUCUUCUCCCUUAUUCAGUCCGACACUUUCUCCUCAAGCCCAGCUCAACAUGCAGCAGGCGGCUCAUAGACGCAGUCUACCGCCUCAGCCUAGCACUCCCCAGCAGAACCUGUUCCCCACAUCAAGCCAGCUUCAGCAGGCACAGUUACAAGCUGGAAACCUCCUUCUGGCAAACAAGCAUUUGAGUUGGAAUGCUGGUCAACCAACAUCUUGGAACACUGCCGCACAACAGAGCUUGCAGCAGCAACAGUCCAACCCAUGGGGCACGGUCGGUUCACCUUCGUCAGCUGCCCAGAACCAUCAUCGUCGAUCGAUGCCACCACUUUCAACCCCAACUGUUAGCCAGUCAACACCAAGCCCCAACUCUCUUGGGUUAUCACCAAACAAGAUAAAGGCCACCAGCAACCCCAUCAUCUCUCCUCCCAAGUUCCAUCGCAGUACUUCUCUCCCUGGAAAGAGCUUCUCACAGCCUCAUCUGCCUUCAACUGCAGGAUCUCACCCCACCCAUCAGGGACAGCAGCAGCAGAGGCAAAGCUAUGACUUUGGCAGAGAUGUCGGAGGAGAUGCUACUCAGGCAACCCAGAAUGGCACUCAGAAUGGAACUCACCAUCUCUCGAAUAGCACACUGUUUCCAUUCCAGGAUAAUCCUGGUCAUCAGACACAGAACACUGGCAUGGACCAUUUGAAACUGGCCUCCCUGGAACAUCAGCUAUUUGACAUCAUGCGUGGCACAGACCAACCUUCAAUGGAAUUCAAUGCACGUGGUACAUGGAGCUCCGCUCUGUUCCCAGGCUCAGAUAAUCUCCUGGAUGAUGGGCGUCAUGAUCAGAUUGUUCCUUCUCUCAACUCACCGGGUCACAUCUCUCCCCGCUCUGUAGACUACCCUGGAGAGAGGUACUCAAGAAAGGUGUUUGUUGGGGGACUUCCACCUGAUAUUGAUGAAGAUGAAAUAACUGCCAGUUUCAGACGUUUUGGAAGCCUGGUUGUCGAUUGGCCUCACAAGGCAGAGAGCAAAUCGUACUUUCCUCCAAAAGGUUAUGCAUUCCUGUUGUUCCAAGAUGAGAGGUCAGUACAGGCAUUGAUAGAUGCAUGUAUCAAGGAAGAAGACAAGCUAUAUCUCUGUGUAUCAAGCCCAACCAUCAAAGACAAACCAGUCCAAAUUCGACCUUGGAACCUUGCUGAUAGUGACUUUGUAUUAGAUGGAUCCCAGCCCUUAGACCCAAGGAAGACAAUUUUUGUAGGAGGUGUUCCAAGGCCUCUCAGAGCUGUUGAACUGGCUAUGAUAAUGGAUCGGCUGUAUGGCGGGGUAUGCUACGCCGGUAUUGACACCGACCCGGAGCUGAAGUACCCCAAAGGAGCAGGUCGCGUGGCCUUCGCCAGCCAGCAGAGUUACAUUGCCGCCAUCAGUGCUCGUUUUGUGCAGCUUCAGCAUGGCGACAUUGACAAGAGGGUUGAGGUAAAGCCAUACGUGCUUGAUGAUCAGAUGUGUGAUGAAUGCCAGGGCACCCGGUGCGGGGGAAAGUUUGCGCCUUUCUUCUGCGCCAACGUGACCUGCCUACAAUACUACUGUGAGUUCUGCUGGGCCACCAUCCACUCUCGUCCAGGCAGGGAGUUCCAUAAGCCGCUGGUCAAGGAAGGGGGAGAUAGACCACGCUCUUUCCCUUUCCGUUGGUAGACAGACCCUGACCCCUUCCCCUCGCCCCCAUCCCAGCCUGAGAGCAUCCUUAGGGGCGAGGGAGUGUUCACAUCUACUGCAGAUUACGCGAUAAAAUGAUGAUGAAUGGAUCCGACAGACCUGUUAAAGUCACGUGUAGUUCCAUGUGGUAGACCAGUUUAGGUGAAUCCUGUCUGGCGUCUUUUGCUUUUCGGUUUAAAUCAACAAAAAUAGUGUUUUUGAUGAGGCAUUUGUGUGAUGUGAUUUUCAGUUACCUUAUUUUUUCCCUUUUUUUUCUUCAAUUUUUGAUUGACUUAAAUUUUUGGACAGUGAUACAACUAGUGUGGCAUAAUUGACGUAGUGCCCCUACGAAAUUGAUGUUGAUGUUUUGUGGUGUGUUUGUUCUUUCAACUUUACCAUAGCCAGGUACAUGAUUCCUCCUAACAUGUCACAUUAAUCUCGUGUAUUUUGCUGAUGAAAUUAUUACGUGAAAUACCUUGUGAAGAAGAAAUAUCGCUCAAAUGAGCCAUCAAGAGAAGUCAAGGUCUUUGUUUUCUCCAUUAUUUAAUUUCCCUUUACAGGAAUGGAUUCUUGCCAUAUUUGUGCAAAGGAGACAUCUAAUAUAUGACAGAUUUUAUUUUUUCAAUAAAGAAGUUGCACACAUUCUUUUUUUACAUGGACCUUAUGGAGCAUUGGGCAGUUUUCAAAGUUUUUCUUAUAGACUUAAAGAGCAAAGAAAAAAUAAAGCAUUCUUUGCUUUCAAAAAAAUAAUUCAUUUGUGACCAGGAAUGAUUUAUAUUUCCUGAAUCAAAAUAGAUUGAACGUUAAUGCCAAAGCUUCUAUUUAAAUAUUAUUUCAGUGCAAUUUGUGUAAUCACAGUACACACCAGAACAGAGAGAAUGCCAUUUUCAUUAUUUUCGUAUUUUAUGUAUUCUUUAUAUAUAUAUAUUUCUAAAAUUAUUUUGGAAAAAAAGUUUAUAAAACAGUCGCUGGUUCAGCGAUUAAAAAAAUAUUAAAGAGGAGAUGAAGUGAUUAGAAAUAUGCUUAUUGUGUCAGGGAUUGAUGAAUUUUGUUUUGGAAAUGGGAUGGUGUGUCGAUAAUCACAUUGAUUUGUUGAGAGUACGUUAGAUUGGAGAAAAAAGCGAGUAUUUGUGUGCACAGUAUAUUCUAUAUCAGAUUGAAAAGGUAUAUAUUCACUGUAGAAUCUUAUAAUUCUCUCAUAAACUGCUGCUCGUACACAUCAUUGUUAUAUUCAUGUAUUAAUGUGUCCGUGUGUGUAUGUAUAGUCAACAUAUUAUCAACAUUCUUUGGAAGAAAAAAAACACGAGUAUUUCCAGAGAGGGAGCUAUAAUGAGUGGUGAUUUCUUUCAAAGGGACCUGAUUUUAGUGGCAUAGUGGUUAGAUAGAUUAUCUUGUAAUCUUUCAAGAGUAUUUUUCGAAUUCACAAGUUAUUUAGUCCGUUGUGCAAUGUUUUUCUUUAUUUUUUGUAACAGCAUACAGUAGAAUACAGAUAAAUUGAGAAAAGAUUUGCUGCAUCGAAAAACAAGAUGAAAUUAUCUCUGAAAUACAGAAUGCAAAGUGGUUAUUACAAAUAAAAACCAGUAGUAGUAUGAAAAAGAAGCAGAAAAUAUAGCAAAAGUGACUGAAUAUUGUCCUCUCGUAAUAUUUAUCUUAUCAAUAUUUGACGCUCAUCGCCAAGAUGAUAAGUCAUAAUAGCGCUGUCAUUUACAUUACUAAAGUCAUUGAUAUACAUGUACAUGUACUGCAUGAAGUGAAACAAAUGAUAUGGGAGCCAUGUAGAUUUCAAUGUUCUGUCAAUGUGUGACGAAAGCAAAGAUAUUAACAAGGUAACUGUUUGGUAUGCGUUUUUGGAGUGUUUCGAUAUGUAAUUGUUCUUAGGCAUACUAAAUCAAACAGGAGAAGUUAUUGCGUAUGUGUUCACUGUGUAUUGUACAUGAUAGCACCCUUCCCUGUUGUGUGUGGGUAAUUGCAGGAAAGUAUAAUCAAACAGUUAUAGUCUUACAAUGUGACACAAUAUCACUUCAUAUAUUUGUGACAAACUUGUAGAAUGGUGGAAUGAGCGUUGGGCAUUGUUAGUGAACAUUCGUGCGAUAUUCCCUCAAUAUCUUUACCACUGUAACUUGUAUUCACGUCUUUGUGAAUGAUUUUCUUGGUUUUUACAGUCAAAAUCAAGGUUUAGUAUUUAUCAGCUGUGAGACAAAUAUUUAUUUACAAAAGAGGGCAUACAUGUGUCUCAGUAUGGGGUUGUCUCUGCCCCAUAUUAAUGUAGAAUAUUGGACAUGCAUUAUUGAAUUUAAUAAUACAAAUUUGAUUUUCUAUGUGAUUACAGCUUUGACAUUUCAUUGCAAUAGAUUUGUCAAUUGUUACUUUUGUGUGAUUUGCAGAUAUUGCAGCCUUUUAUUUUUUCUAGUUAUUGUAUUUAAUGCCACGUUUUGGCGACAUUGCGAAUGAAUAGAUGUCAUUUUGAAGUUUUUGUAGAACAAUAUUUUUAUUGAAUUUAUGUGAUAAUUGUAUGUGUGCAUGAGUGUUUGAAUGUAGUGAGGAGAAAAAUAAAAGAAUACUUUCAGCUUUUGCUUUUUAUAUAAAUAUUUCUUAGCAUAUAUUCUCAUGGAACAAAUGUAUUUCAUAUAUAUGUUUGAAUCUAUACCUAUUUUUCUUGGUACAGUAUUUUAGUAUCCGUUUACAAUUGCUACAAUAUAUUUGUCUCUCUUAACUUUUAUACGGAACCAGUAAUUUCUUAAUAAUUUAGACUAUAACAUUUGGUACACAUUUUGCAAAUGCUUUAGUAUUACAUUUUUGAAGAAAAAAAAUCCUUUCACACUGAAAUUUAUAUAUAUGCAUGUAUUUUGAUUAUUUAUAUAACAUUAUCGAUUUGCAAAGUGAAGUGAUUCAGAGUUUGUAAUUUUUUAUUUUUCUUUAAUGGUAUAAAAAAAAUUAAAAAGAAAAAAAAAACCUUUGAGAACAUUUUCACAUUGCCCGUUUUCCAGAGUGUGUAUUAAACUUUUUUAUUAUUGGAUAGUUUGUUCAUAUAAAGACAGAGUUAAUAUAUAUGGUUUCAGAAGUUGUAAUCAAUUUUCUGCAUUUUUCUAGCAAAGUGUUAUUAAACUGCUUACUUUGUGAAUCUUUUCUACCUUCUUGUGUGUUUUUGAACAAUUUUUGCCAAUGUUUUCAUAUAGGGUUGUACACUAAGCGGGUAGUAGUGUAUGUAUGGAGUAGUUAUUACAUGUCUUUAUUAUAUAUCUGGUGCUACACUGUACAAUGUAGUAUGUGAUUUGUGUGAGCGUAUAGAGGUCAGAUGUUCAUAUAAUUCAUGUGUGUAUGUUGCAUUCUGAAUGGUUUUGUUUCAUUUUUUUUUCUUUCAGUGCAAUAUAAGAUGAAUCAAUAAUUUUUCUACAAUCUAUUUUUAAGUUAUUGCCUUUGGCCCUGAUGAUUUUUUUUAUAUGAACUUUCUUUUCAUCUAAACUAAUUUGAUUUUUUUUUAAUUGGGGAUCAUUUAGCAGUUGGUCUUUUGGGGAGCUAAAAAAAUACCACAUGAACUUUUCUUGAUACUUCUUAAUCUAUUGAAUCAAAUUAAUUAUUUCUGUAUGGUUAAAACUAAGAAUUUACUUUGUAAUUGUGUUUAACUGGACAUGAUAUAUUCAUGACUUUUAAAACAGUAAUUUGCCUAUCAAUGUGAUACAAAGGUAUUUUGAAACCUAAAAUUUUGUAAUCAAACAGUGUUUGCUUUUUUGCCAUAAUGACUAUUGCAGAGUUCAGCAUAGCUCUUCCAUUUUGUUACAAUUUUGCAUAACAAGAUAUUUUCACUUUAGCUUUUAUAUGAAGGAUAUCUUUGCUAGCUUUUUACAGUUUUCAUCAUUUUAAAGAUGAUCUUUUGCAUACAAGUGUUCUGAAUGCAUUUUUUUUGGAUUGUUAAAGAUUUUAUUUACUGAAUGUAAAUAAGUAAAACAUGUCAUGUGUCUCAUUUUAUUCUUUCUCAUUGUCAUUCUCUAAGUUCUGUUUUCUCUCCCUAAUACAGUAUUUUUUUUCAUUAAAGAACUGGGGCAGUUGUGUUAUAUCCCUGUUGAAUGUGCAUCCUAUCGAUGGGAUGAAAACCAGGUAUGAGCUAUUCAAUAGCUGUGUGUAUUGAUGAAUCUACUGGAAGGACAGUACAAACUUAAUGAAGGAAAUUGUUAUUUCAGCAGCCAUUCACUUUUAGUUUAGUAACACGCAUCUUUCUCUGUAACCACCUUGUCAAUUUGAAUCAAAUAUAGAUAAAUUCAUAGUGCUGUGCAUUGGAAAAAAUUGCAAUAAAUCCACAAAGCCUACUUGACCUCAAUUGCAUCCUUCUUCAUCUUCAAUUUAUUAAUAUCAAUGGGGAAUUAUUUUCACUGGGUCAUCUGGCAUUGUUAGGUUUGUUUAGGAUGGAUUCAAAUAAUUUAGUCAGAAUUUUGAUUGCAGCUUAGCUUUUUUUUCUAAACUGUAUAUUUUGGCGUAAACAGAAUUUAGGAAAAAGUUGAGGGUUUUCAUUGAUUUUGACUCAUCCAAAUUCAUGAUGAUAAGUUAUUUUUUAGUUUGAGUUUGUUUUGCUCUGAUAUUUUUGCUUGGUUUCAUUGUUGGUAAAUUGGCAUUUUGUUAUACUUGUGAUGAAAUAUUGAAUAGUUAUUAUCUUUUAAAAAUAUAUGAUUGAGUGAUGAUUUUGGGCUGUAGAGACAUUGAACAAGUGUGAUUUUUAAGCUUCAAAUUUCCUACCAAAAAGAAAAAAAUGAUUUGAAUCAUUGAAAAUUUUCGUAGUUUUUGUAGUGUGAUUAUGCUAUUACAUGACAGUUGUUUGUUGCUUGGUUUUUUACAUUUCUUUCCUUUCUGUUUUUCAUUAGAGCUUGACAGCCUCUUUGCCUGUUUUUCUUGGGCAGCAUUUUAUACAACUCUUAGUAGCUAUAUUGAUAUAUUUUUCAUAGAACUCUUGUCACAUUUAUUAUUCUUAUUACUAUAUAUAUAGUACAGUGUAUACAUCUUUUGAAUGAAGUGUUUGUAUUUUUCCAGUGGAGCAUGAUUUGAAUGCAUUUUUUUUUCCUCUCUAGGUAGAGUAUUUGAAAUAAAAAAAAAGAAAAUUGAGAAUUAUUUUUGAACUCGCUUUACAACAUUCCUAUUCUAAUAUGUAAAGAUCCGAGGCACUCUUUUCUGUGCAGUUUAGUUGUGUAUUUUUUCACAGUUUUAUUACGUAUUUAUAUCAAUGUUCAAGGUACGAACUUGGGGAAUGGUAACCUCACUUAAUAUGUUAUCCUCAUGUAAGACUUGAAGUGCAAAUGCAGUCCAUGUAAUAGUUUGCUAUAAAAAGAGAUUGAUGUUUAUGGUAUUAUACAAGCUAUGUAUUACAGGACCACAAGCUUUCAAGCAGCAUAUUGAUGUGUAUGUAACUGCUGCUAGCACAAGACAAAUAACAAAUCCAAUUAUCCAUUGUAAGCAAUAUAUUCCAAAUUGUUAUGAUAACCACAUUAGUGUAUGUUUAUACAAUAUAACUUCUGACGUUGUCUACAGCAAGAAAGCUAUGUGUUUAUAACAAAAUAUAAGCAAGUUGUGUGGAUGAUAGUUUUUUGAUAUAAACUUCAGUGCACAUUUGAAAGCACAUCAAUGGAAAUUAAAAAUUCAAACAGAUCCUGCCUUGUGUUGGCAAUCAUACCACUUAACCGAUUCCAAACUAAGUUAGUAUUGCCUUUGUGUGGUCAUUAUCAGUUUGGUAUCGGCCGGUCAAUAUGACUGUACUGCAGGUAUCCAGUGCAUAACUUUUUUUUGAUAAUUCAUUCUUUUGUGUGACAGUUUUGAGUUGAUAGAGAGAUUGAGAGCUUGUUUCAAUACAUUACCUGCUUUGCAUUUGAAGUCUUGAACCAUUAUCGAGUGGAAAACAUCAUAUUAGGUGGCGCCCUGUUCUGACGUGACGGUUGCGUUCCAUACACAAGUUGAGCAUUGUUUUCGUUUGCUUUGAAACUUGAUGUGAUAAACCUCAAAUAAAUGUUGAACGCUAA